AAACACUGGCAUGUUCUAGAGACGGCGCACUGUGUUUUCGACUGCAGCUCAGCUGAUCGUGACGCACCGCAUUCGCAGCAGAGGGCGAAGGACAGACACAGAUAUAAGUUGGGUAUCGGUUACACACGCUGAAGUAAUGAAGCUCGGCGUGCCAACGGUAAAUGGGUGAUUCUGACGGAAUUCAAGCGCACGGUAAAGCAGCGUCAGUUCCUGUUAUCAGCGUCUUGGGAGUCGGAACGAAUUGUCGCUCCCGAGGCUUCACCGAAAUAUCUCAGUCCUGUUUACAGAAGCACGGCUCCUCCUGGCUGGAUAUACUUCUAAAAAAGGUGCACUACACUGAAGGCCGCAAUGGUGGAUUACUAUGAUGUUCUGGGAGUGUCACGAAAUGCUUCUCCAGAUGACAUCAAGAAAGCUUACAGGAAACUUGCACUGCGAUGGCACCCCGACAAAAACCCCGACAACAAGGAGGAGGCGGAGAAAAAAUUCAAGGAGAUAGCAGAGGCCUAUGAAGUUCUUUCAGACACAAGCAAACGAGAUGCGUACGACAGAUACGGGAGAUCGGACGUGCCAAGCUCAGGCUCUGGUGGUUCUUCAUUUCCUGACGACUUCCCAGGAUUCACCUUCACAUUUCGCAGCCCAGAUGAGGUGUUUCGAGAGUUCUUCGGCGGGCAGGACCCCUUCGCUGACUUCUUUGAUGAUUUCCCGUUUGGUGGAAUGCACAGUGGGUUUCACAGCUCCUCCUCCAGGCUUGGGCCCAGUCGCUUCUUCUCCUUCCCCUCAGCAAAUGCUGACUUUACCUCCUUCUCUUCUUCACUGGGUGGGAUGGGCAGCAUGGGAGGGGCAAACUUCAAGUCUGUUUCUACUUCCACCCGCAUUGUCAAUGGAAAACGCGUCACCACAAAAAAGGUCAGAGAAAAUGGCCAGGAGAGAACAGAGGUUGAGGAGGAUGGGGUCCUGAAAACUGUCCUCAUCAAUGGUGUGGAGGAUGAGAUGGCUUUAGCUCUGGAACUGAGUCGUAGAGAGCAGUCCAGUCAGCCUCCCAGACAAUCCCAACAGCCACUGCUCCACCCCCCCAACAACAGCUCUCCAAACCCCGCCUUACGAUCCUACAGCGCCGCCCCGUUCUACCACUGCCCCGAUGCUAGUGAAGACGAGGAAGACGAAGACCUCCAGAUGGCGCUGGCCUACAGCUUGUCGGAGAUGGAGGCCCAGCAGCGGGCAGAGGACGUGAUCUCAGGUGCUGGGGGAGGGAGGGGGAAGCAACCAGGUGACGGGAAUAGGAAGGGAGCCAUUCAAAUAAAGAAAUAUGAGAGUGAUGUGACGGAUGAUUCAGACCAAAGCACCCCCUCGUCUCCAGAAAGUAGACUAACAGAACAGGGUCUAGCUAGGGAUUCAGAAAGUUUGCAUCCAGAGAGUGUUGUACAGGAUAAAGUGAGUGAUAAAAUGGCGGCCAAUGGGACUAAUGUGGUAAAAAAGAAGAGGAAGUGUCAGUGUGUGGUCUGUUAGUAAGACAGUGGAGAAUAAUCAUGCUUGUGUGUGAAAGUAGCAGUGUUAACCUUAUGUUCUCUCUAUGGUAGUUUUUUUUUUUUUUAAUCCUUCCUGAAGUUUUGGACUGUGCUUUAACUUACAGUUUUGUCUUUUGUGGCAGGGCUUAUGGCAAUGCACAAAAAUGACUGUGUUGAAUGUGUAUUUUCUUGCCUUGAGGAAUGAAUAACAGGUGCCAAAAUGUGUUUAUACUCCACAAAGACAGGACAUUUUUAGGAAGUUUGAAGGUACUGUGUGCAAUAUUUUAGAAUGCCACUGAUGCCUGACAGAUAUCACUGAAAUAGGUGUCUUGGGAUAUCAUUUGCCAGCCUUGACUGUGUAAACAGUUAAAAUAUUCAGUCAGAAACACUCUCUGCCUGUGAAUCGUUUGGAUUGCUGGCAUCAGGUUGUCUGACAUGUCUUAGCAGGGUGCGAUUUUGGGAUAUAGGAGAGCAGGCAUAUGGUUGGCAAAAGUUAGCAAAAUUGUGAAAGUUAGCAUAAUGGCUGAAAUCACAAAAAGUGUCAUUUCUAGACCUGAAAAAAGUCAUGUAAAUGAAUAUAGUCGGCAACACUUUACAAUAAUGCCUCAUUUGUUAACGAUAGUCAAUGCAUUAACUAACGUGAACUAAUAAUGAGCAAUAUAUUUUUAGUUAAUAAGUGUUCAUUGUCAUGUUAGUUCACUGUGCAUUAACUAAUGUUAACAGAUACAGUGUUUGACCUUACAAAUGUAUUAGUAUAUGUUGAGAUAGAUGCACAACUCUUCUACAGCAUUUAUUAAUCUUAGUUAAUCUUAACGAAUGUAGUCAAAUGAAAUGUUAUUGUAAAGUGUUACCAUAAAAUGUAAUAACUCCAUGGGCAUUUUUAUAAUGAAUAUGCCAUUUUGCCAAGCUCUAAAAUACUUUAUUGGAUAAAAAUUGUGAGUAAAAAAAAAAAAUCCUUAAUCCUUUAAAGGGUUAGUUCACCCAAAAACGAAAUUUCUGUCCUUAAUUACUCAGCCUCAUGAUGUUCCAAACCUGUA